AUGCCAGGCGUCGUGGAAACGCCCGCCGGGCCGGCCUGGUCAGGGCUGGGAUUCACGGUCGCGCACCAGAAGGUUGAGCUGGAGAUUGACUUUAUGAGCAAGAGUUUGAGAGGGAAGACGGAAAUCACGAUUCAUCCGCACUACAGGGAGCUCAAGGUGAUUCGUCUGAACUUUCGCCAGGGCGAGUUGAAGCGGUUGAAUGUCAACGGAAAAGCUCCCUCGAUCAAAUAUGCCGACCCUUACGAAUCGUUACAUCUAUACGGACCUCACUACCAUUCGCGACUGUCUACGAAGAUUGAUGGCCUGAUGAAAAACCAGCCGGAAGGCGACCUGCUGAUCACGCUGCCAAAGAGCGUUCGGAUUGAAGAACUUGAUCCGUUUUCACUCGAGGCGCAGGAUCAAAUGGCGCUCCGUGCUACUGAUAUUCCCGAAGAGUCUGACGGACCGUUAAGCUCCAGAGCUCCCGAAACCUCUCUCCCUCGAUUCUCGGCGUUGACCGUUUAUGCGGAAUUUACGAUCGAUAAUAUUCGAGAUGGACUACAAUUUGUCGGGGUGGAUGGUGGCGACAGACGUUAUCCACAUGCAUAUACAACGAACAGACUGGGCUAUGGUUUUGGCUGUCCUCUCUUCCCUUGUGUCGAUGAUUCAUUGUCCCGCUGUACCUGGGAACUGUCGAUCAAAUGCCCGUGUACGCUUGGUGACAUGUUUGAUCGGAAAGCGCGAGAUCAGCCGAAUAGUACUGCAUCGGGUCGCUCCAAAACAUCUUCUGGCAGAAGCCGUUACGUUUCGUCUGAUGACGAGACGCUCGACCUGACUGUUGUGUGCUCUGGAGACAUGACAGAUGAGAUUGUUGACCCGAGAGACCCCAGCAAAAAGACAGUCUCCUUUGCCUGCGCCUACCCUCUUUCUGCCCAACAAUUAGGAUUUGCUGUUGGCCCCUUUGAAUAUGUCAACCUGACCGAUUUCCGUGAAAGCGAUCAAGACGAGCAACUUGGUCGAAACGCUAUUCCCGUACAUGGCUUUUGUCUUCCCGGACGUGCAGGCGAGACCAGGAACACGUGCUUUCCCAUGGCCAAGGCCAUCGAUUUUUUCUCACUGAGCUAUGGUUCUUAUCCGUUUUCUAGCUAUAAGAUCUGCUUUGUUGAUGACCUUCUGGAGAGUACUUUACCCACGGCUUGCCUGUCAAUCUGCAGUAACCACUUGCUCUUCCCAGAGGAAAUAAUCGACCCAAUGUACGAGUCGACGCGGAAACUCACUUCUGCCUUGGCAUCACAAUGGGUCGGCGUCAACAUCGUUCCUAAGGAGCCCGCAGACACUUGGGUGACAGUUGGGGUGGCGUGGUAUAUUACAGACACUUUCAUGCGCAAGUUGUGCGGGAAUAACGAGCACCGUUUUCGCAUGAAGCAAAUGUCAGAUCGAGUGUGCGACCUCGACUAUGAGCGCCCUUCAAUUUAUGAUAUGGGAAACAUCCUGAAGCUUGACCCUUCCGAAAUGGAAUUUGUCGCUCUCAAAGCCCCCUUGGUUCUAUUCAUCCUUGAUCGACGACUUACAAAAGCCAGUGGAAAGGCGACGAUGUCCCGGAUUAUCUCGCGCCUCUUCCUGAAUGCCAGGAUGGGCGAACUGCCCAACGGAGCGGUUACAAGUUCGUUUUUUCAGAAGACAUGCGAACGAUUAGGUCAUGCUAAACUGGACACCUUCUUUCAACAAUGGGUCUAUGGAGCCGGAUGCCCGCGAUUCCAAGCCACACAAAGGUUCAAUAAAAAGAAAUUGGUGGUGGAGAUGAUGAUCAGACAAGUGCAAUCUGAACAGCCCACCACCCGUGACCUUGAACGAGACUCUUUUAUGCGCGACGUCAAAGAAGAAAUCCAUGGGGUAUACGCCGGGGUUGUGCAACCCGUUUUUACGGGCUCAAUGACCAUUCGAAUCCACGAAGCUGACGGUACUCCCUAUGAACACAUUGUAGAGAUCAAGGAGGGUGUGACCAAAUUUGACAUUCCUUACAACACAAAGUACAAGCGACUAAAGAGGAAUAAGAGGCAGAAAGAGCGCGCUGCUGUGGCCACCGGCGCCGAUGGAAACCCAGAGAAUCAGGAAGACACACUGCUCUACUGUCUUGGUGACGUGUUGCAAACCGAAGAUGAGAUCCAGGAUUGGAAGCUUGCCGAUUGGAGCAAAGAGGAUGAAGAACGGAUGGGACAAGAAUCAUACGAAUGGAUCCGCAUGGAUGCCGAUUUUGAAUGGAUAUGCAAACUGUCUCUUGUCAUGCCGGGGUAUAUGUACCUCUCCCAGCUACAACAAGAUCGAGAUGUUGUAGCACAGCUGGAGUCCUUGCAGUACAUGGCAGCACAACGAGAACAUCCGUUGAUAUCCACAAUUUUUGUGAGGACAUUAAUGGAUCGGAGGUAUUUCCAUGGAAUCCGAACCACGGCCGCGCGAGCGUUGAUCAAACAUGCGAAGGAGGAGAUCAACUGGUUGGGACUGCACCAUCUCGAAAGGGCCUUCCAGGAACUUUUCUGCAUCCCGGGGUCACCCAUGACUCGGUCUAAUGAUUUUACUGAUCGUGCGGCGUAUAUGCUCCAGCUUGUCAUCCCCGAAGUUAUUUCCAAGGUACGAGAUAAUAGCGGGAAGACCCCUAUGAGGGUGAAGCGUUUUCUUUAUGACAAGCUCAAAUUCAACGACAAUUCGAAUAACGAGUACUCGGACAAUUUUUACGUGGCUACGCUGAUGGAGUCACUAUGCGAUGCGCUACUCGGGAGAACCGAAAGUCGCACCGAUGACAUUUCCGACUUCAGUAUGGAGGCCGUUCUCGAAUUUCAGGCGGAGGAGCAACUAGAGAAAGAUGCAAUCGCCGAAAUCGAUCGGUACCGACGGAUGGAUGAGUGGUCGAGCUCGUUCCAAAAUCUCUAUACGCGUGCUGCCUUGCGCUGCCAGCGACGGCUGAUGGACGCGAAGAUGAUGGAGAAUGAUAUCAUGCAAUUCUUGCCUUAUACAAGGAUGGGAACCUACGAUCUCCUUCGUUUAGACGCUUUCGAAUGUCUCAUCGAAUUCGACAUCUUCAAGGUCCCAGAAGUCUUGCGGUGGUUCAUCUUUACUAUGUCUACAGACCCGUCGACGUGGCUCAGACGACAACUGCACAUCUUGUUCGGCAGAGCUCUGGCUCCUGUUGCGUUCGGCGAGGGAACUACUGAUCAAACAACCGCCCAGCAAGGUGGCUUGAUCAUUGAGCAAGAGUCCAGCACAGAAGUCCGUCAAGCCGACCUCGCUCGAAGACAGACCGUCACUGGAGCUCUCGAUGCCCUUAAAAAAGAGCUUGCCGGCAAUGUCACCCUCAAGGAAUCGCUUUGGGCUGCAUGCAACUCACCAUCAGUCGGUCUAUUAGAGCUAUCAGAACUCACCGACCUUUGCAAAGUCUUGUAUGCCGCUAUCGUGUCGGUCCAGGUCGCUCUGAAAUACCCACGUUACUGGAAAGUCCGUCAUACGGGCAAGGGCAAAUUGCAUUUCUACAGAUCGGACCGCAUCCGAACGACUCUGACACCUGGGAAAGAUUCCACAGUCGCCAGCACGAAGCGGAAACGGGACGAGCAGGGAAUGCCGCCUCCAGCGCCGAGAAUCACUUUCAAGCAGUCCAAACUCGGGCCGAGCACACCUUCCACACCUAUCCAUGCACCGCCGCAACACCACAUCACCAAACUCCAUAUUCCAAACUUCCCAAGCCCAUCUCAACCAACUCCACGGGCAUCGAAUACACCAUCGACUCCUGCUACUCCGGGUGGAGGCCUUAAAUUAAAACUGAAAUUCGGACAGAAACCAACCUGA